CGAGGGUAUAUGCACGGGGCGAAGCCUGCCAUUUUAGUGCCCCACUUACCUUCUUUUUUUCUCGGGAUCUUAUCCGACCUGUACUCUGUAGCUUUCCGAAAGUUUGAGCUUCUAUUCAGACCUUCCAAAACUUUGAUCCUUCAAGGUCUAUUCAGACACCCUUUCUUUCAACCACCUUCCCAGCUUUCAAUUGGUGAAGUGUGGUGGGUACGCUAUUUCCUAUUUGUUCCUCUUUUCUUUUUUUUCUUUUUUACUGUACGGAACAGCCGGGAGAACCAUGGCAACGGCCCGCAUCCCCGCCCUACGCAACUUACUGGGUCGACGGCUGCCCCUCCGACUGCCGAACCAGCAGCGCCGCUGGGCACAGGUCCACGACGUACGGUUCCUCGCCACCACCCAAGCCGGCCGCAAUGUUGUCGAGAAAUACCGCGAGAAGCUCGACCGAAAGGCGCGCGAGGAAGGGCACAACGAUAUCGGAGAGCUAAAAGACGCAUAUCGCGACCGCAUCCAGGAUCUCAAGAAAAAAGAUACCGUUAGCAUACCCGGACUAGACGCACUCCUCGACGACAGCCCUGCACCGGCAGCCGCGCAACAAGCUCAUACCACCGAGGCCUCAGACGGCCUAACCCAGCCACCCCCUCCGCCGCCCUCGUCCUCACCACACACAGGCCCCGGCCAAGCAACCUCAACCAUCAAACCCCUCUCCUCCAUCCUCGACCUCCCCAAAGCCCGCGCGCUCCCCGAAAAAGAGCUCUCAGCCAUCUGGCGGCUCCGGCACGCCUCCUCCCCCACAUCGCUAUGCGCGGUGAUCCCGACGCAGACAUACACAGCCCUCGAAGCGACCGCGCGCAGACACCCGACCUUCGUGCUCCCGGUCCCGCGCGGCGAGGGCGUCGGCGCGGAAAUCCACUUCCUGCAAUGGGUGUUCGACGCGGAGUCGCGCACGGCAACGGUGCUGUUCACGCAGCUCGCGGAAUACAAGGCCCGCGGGGAGUGGGCGCAGCCGCAUACCAGCAUCACGCAUUACUGGGACGCGGGGCUUGCGGAAGAGCCUGGGGUCGUGCUUAUGGCGGGGAGUGUGGUGGAGGGUAGGGGUGCGAGUGUUCUCGAUGCGAGGUGGUUGGUUAUGCUACUGCAGAGGUUUUAUGGUGGGGAGGGGGCGGUGGAUGAGGGGAAGAGGAGGCUGUUGGAGGAGUUUGGACGCGGGGAUGGGGGGUUUAGUGUUGAGAGGUUGUUGGAGGAGAGUGAGAAGUUGGGUUGAGAUCCUAGGAUAUACUACGCGACGACGAUGUGUUCUACGAUGGGUUGGGCACGAGAGCUUGGAAGUCUAAGAUUAGGUCGAGGUUGGCCGGACGAUUAACCACGCCGCUUACGAAUGAAGAAUGGGGAGUGGAAGGACUCUCGGCUGUACAAUUAUAUCUGUAUGUACAAACUCUAUAUACACUUGGGGAUUCUAGAAGAUAGACAGAAAGCUAUUACCA